AUGGGUACAAUUCGCGAAAAACACAAGUGUCUCAUCAAUGGACUCACCCAUCUUUUCACUCUAUUCAUCAAAGCCCAUUAUAUCGCCCCUAUUGAUGUCCUGUAUCCCCCCCACGACGCUGAUGUUGGACGCCUUCAGAGACUUGGGUUUGAACCGGAAGUGAUUGAUCUCGUCCAACUCCUGCCAGCGAUUAGAAAUGAAGCAGUCUGGAGUUACAACGACGAAGGAAUAGAAAUGAUUCCUCGUGCCAAGCUGGUUAAUUAUCUGAAACAGUCAGAAACAGCUAAUGCUAAUGACAUGUUGGAGACCCUGCGCUGGGUCGACCAUACAGAUAAGGAUGCGCAGGGCCUCUUUCCCCCAUCCAUCCUUCGACUGACAUUCCCUGCCUUUUAUGGAGUAAAUGUGUUAUAUGAUGUCCACGACCAGACUAUAAUGGAAUGGUGCGACCUAAACCAAGAGCAAUGGCAAGACUGCCCCCGCCAAACAUGUGAAGAUUUCUUCUCAAAGGUCCUCAAGAAAUACCAGGACCUUGAGUAUGUCCCUUAUUUUGAUCCGGAUGACGGAGCGCAAGUCCCCAAACGUAAAAUCGAGGAUAAACCCAUUCUCUUCCAGAAUAUCUUCCCUGGCGGAAUUCGCCUUCCGACUGAUCCCCAGGCUGCUGUUCAAUGCGAGGAAAGGGAAGUCGGCCAGGAUAGUAUACGUGGUGAUCUUAAUCAAUGGAGGGCUCUACAGAAGCUUUAUCGCGAUGCGGGCUGGGCGGACGAAUUCGACGGAGAGCUUUUCGACAAGAGACGGAGGGAUUUGUUGCGUGUGAUGAAGGAUCUCCAGGGCCAAUCCAGGAGAUGGAACAAGAUUCCAGAGGAUACCAAAACGGAGGAGAUGCGAACCGCUGAGCGGGCAUUUCGUCAGCGUCGGGAGGAAUUUUGGGCUGAAAGUGCUGGAGAGUACUAUCUUUAA